AUAAAAUAAUAAAUAUUAUUAUUCUAAUGAAGUAGGCAUGAAAACUUUUGAUUAGUUUGAGUAAAUUGCCCAUGAAUCUUCAGACAACCUCCUAGACCUCACUUUGUAUAUAUUCUUUCAUUUAUUCUGGAAGUUCCUCGUAAGCUCGAGAAAUGUCCACCUUGCUCUGUUAUUUUCGCUCGCCACCUCGCAAAUUCUAGAACUCACUCCUAUCUCCUACACUUGUCCUACCACUCAUAUAAAUUACUCUUUUCACUUCACCUUCUCCUCACACAUCAUCGAACAAUCAAUCAAAAUCAAACACUGCAAACAAACAACAAAGCAAACGCAACGCAAAAAAAACUCUCAAACUUUUUCCAGAAACUAACUCCGUUAGUACUAUGGCGACAAAAGAAGGCAAAGCCAUUGGCAUAGACCUAGGCACAACCUACAGCUGCGUCGGUGUAUGGCAAAACGACCGCGUCGAAAUCAUCCCUAACGACCAAGGCAACCGCACAACACCAUCCUACGUGGCAUUCACCGAUACCGAACGACUCAUCGGCGAUGCUGCUAAGAAUCAAGUUGCCAUGAAUCCACAGAACACCGUCUUCGAUGCUAAGCGUUUAAUUGGUCGUAGAUUCUCCGAUGAAUCAGUUCAAAACGACAUGAAACUAUGGCCGUUUAAAGUCGUUCCAGGUCCCGCUGAAAAACCUAUGAUCGUUGUUAAUUACAAAGGUGAAGAGAAGAAAUUUGCAGCAGAGGAAAUUUCUUCAAUGGUGUUGAUCAAGAUGAGAGAAGUUGCUGAAGCUUUUCUUGGUCAUCCAGUGAAGAAUGCUGUUGUUACUGUUCCUGCUUAUUUCAAUGAUUCUCAACGUCAAGCUACGAAAGAUGCUGGUGCUAUUUCGGGUUUGAAUGUGUUGAGGAUUAUUAAUGAGCCUACUGCUGCUGCAAUUGCUUAUGGUUUGGAUAAGAAAGCUUCGAGAAAAGGCGAACAGAACGUGCUUAUUUUUGACUUGGGAGGUGGAACUUUCGAUGUUUCUCUUCUUACUAUUGAAGAAGGGAUCUUCGAAGUGAAAGCUACUGCUGGUGAUACUCAUCUUGGUGGUGAAGAUUUUGAUAACAGAAUGGUGAAUCAUUUUGUUUCGGAGUUUAGGAGGAAAAAUAAGAAGGAUAUUAGUGGUAAUGCAAGAGCUUUGAGGAGAUUAAGAACAGCUUGUGAGAGAGCUAAGAGAACACUUUCUUCAACUGCUCAGACAACAAUAGAAAUUGAUUCUUUGUUUGAAGGAAUUGAUUUCUAUGCAACUAUUACAAGGGCGAGAUUUGAAGAAUUGAAUAUGGAUUUGUUUAGGAAAUGUAUGGAACCUGUUGAGAAGUGUCUAAGGGAUGCUAAGAUUGAUAAGAGUCAUGUUCAUGAAGUUGUUCUUGUUGGUGGAUCAACAAGGAUUCCAAAAGUUCAACAGCUUUUGCAGGAUUUCUUCAAUGGGAAAGAGCUUUGCAAGAGUAUUAACCCUGAUGAAGCUGUUGCUUAUGGUGCUGCUGUUCAAGCAGCGAUUUUGAGCGGUGAAGGUGAUGAAAAGGUUCAAGAUCUUCUGUUGCUUGAUGUUACUCCUCUUAGUUUGGGGUUGGAAACUGCUGGUGGUGUUAUGACGACUUUGAUUCCAAGGAACACGACGAUUCCUACGAAGAAGGAGCAGAUUUUCUCAACUUACUCAGAUAACCAACCUGGUGUUUUGAUUCAAGUUUUUGAAGGUGAACGUGCAAGAACAAAGGAUAAUAAUCUUCUUGGGAAAUUUGAACUCACUGGUAUUCCUCCUGCUCCAAGAGGUGUACCACAGAUCAAUGUUUGUUUCGACAUUGAUGCGAAUGGUAUAUUGAACGUUUCUGCUGAAGAUAAAACAGCUGGAGUGAAGAACAAGAUAACGAUCACGAAUGAUAAGGGGAGGUUGAGCAAGGAAGAGAUAGAGAAGAUGGUGAAAGAUGCAGAGAAGUAUAAGGCAGAGGAUGAAGAGGUGAAGAAGAAAGUGGAGGCGAAGAAUUCAAUUGAGAAUUAUGCUUAUAAUAUGAGGAAUACAAUUAAGGAUGAGAAGAUUGGUGGGAAGUUGAGUCAUGAAGAUAAGGAGAAGAUUGAGAAGGCUGUGGAAGAUGCAAUACAGUGGUUGGAGGGGAAUCAAAUGGCGGAAGUGGAUGAGUUUGAGGAUAAGCAGAAGGAGUUGGAAGGAAUUUGUAAUCCUAUUAUUGCUAAGAUGUAUCAAGGUGGUGCUGGUGGAGAUGUGCCUAUGGGAGAUGGUAUGCCUGGUGGUGGUGGUGGUGCAUCUAAUGGGACAGGCUCUGGAGCUGGACCUAAGAUUGAAGAGGUUGACUAAGUUUUUGAAACAUUGGUUGUAUGUGUAUGAAAGUCCUGUUAAUGUUUUAGUUACAGAAGGUAGGUAGGCUUGAGUGUCUAAGGUUUUAUAUAUGUCUUUUUUUAGUUUUGUGUGAUCAGUGUAAUUGAGAGAUGAAAUAAAAUGAAUGUAAUUUAAUUUCUGUCAAUUUAUAUCGCUUAAAUCUGAUACUACCUGUUAAGAGGUGGCUAUCAAUGAUUUAAUUUCUGCAAACAAUAUUUAUGAUUUAAUUUA